AUGGCAAAUGAAACGGAUAUCAAUGAAUUUAAAGCAAGGCCUUCUUGGUGCUUCUCCAUCUGCACAAGGACGACGGUGUCUCAGCAGCUGUGCCCCCCUGACCUCCCCACGCUGCUGGAACGGGCAAAGACAGCGCAGAAAAACGCCCUGAAUGCUCUGGUGGCCCUGGCCGAGGCCUUGCCCAAACAGAACAGCAGCAGCAUCACCGAUAAGCUGGACAAGGCCAAGGCUGAGCAGAAACAGGCCGAGGCUGUCCUGGAGGAGCUGAAGGUGGCCAACAAUGCUGUGGUGGGUCCAGCAGAGGCCCGGGGGACCCUGGGGGACGAGGACGAUGAGGAGCUGAGGAGAAACGCGAACAAGGCUGAGAAGGAGGCGGAGAGGCUGGAGGAGGAGAAGGAAUGGGCACAGCAGUACCAGAAAUGGCUACGGGCCGGGCAUGGGCUGGCCCUUGGGUUGUUGGCGCUGUGCGGGGUUUUGUUGUCACUGGACUCAGUCCGCACCGCGCUGGGGGUGACCAAGGACAAUCAACUACUGGUGGCCCUGGGCGUGGUGGCCGUGUCCUGCCAGGUGGCCGCGCAGGCCUUGGGGACAUCGCGGCGACACCUGGGUGACACCGCCAACGACAACCGGGCCAUGGCCCGGCGGCUGCGUAACCGCGCCCAGCAGGUGAAGGGCGCCAGGGACAACGCCGAGGCCGCCAAGGACACCAGAGGGAAGAUCGCGAAUGCCAAGGCACCGCUGGAACGGGUGACAAAGGACCUGAAGGGAUUGGUGGACGCUGUCGACCAGGACAUGGUGGAAGGAGUUCCGCAAGAGGGACACGAGUUCCGCAAGGCUGAGCAGUUCCUCGAGGACAUGCUGGUGACACCGGCGGAGCAAUACAGGAAUGUGACACAAAGGCUGCAGAACGCCCACAUGGUGCUGAGGAGGCAGCGCGUCCCCUCGGAGUAUCGCGUGCUCAGAGCGUCCCCAGAGUGUCCCCUGAGUGUCCCCGAGGCCAUGGAGCUCCAAAAGCUGUCCAAAUCCCUGCUGGAGUCGCUGGUGACCGUGGUGGCCUCCCUGGGCAAGGUGGUGGCCACCGUGGCCAGGUCGGAGGGGGACGUGCUGUUCGUGGGGUCCUCAGGGUCCCUAAGCAAAGCCCUGAAUCCCUUCAUCGACCACCUCAGGGACACCCUGAGCCAGGCCCAUCACAACUCCCUGGGUAAGGCCCUGGCCAAGCUCAGGGCCACCCCAGGGGCCGCCUGGGACAGUGCGACAAGCGCGGCCAGCGCCUGGUGGGACUCGGUGACCGAGGUUGUCAAUGAAUGGAACAACCUGGUCUCGGAGGCCAACGCGCUCCUUGAUGCCUGUAACAAUGCAGCCACCGCCGAGGGUGGCAUCGCGGCCGACGCUGCCAAGCGGGCCAGGGACCUGCAGGAGAAGGUCAAAAACUGGCAAAAAUCCAGGGCCGACCUGGUGAACAAGACCUGGGAUCUGCCAUGGGUCACUGACAAGAAGAAGGCACCCACAGCAUCGGAGGAGUAUGAGGCCAAAAUGGAGACGGCCGCCCAGGCAGCGAGGACGGCCAUCAAGGAAUUGGAAGAUUGCCUGAAGGCCGACAGCGAGAACAAGGCGGCCAUCAAGAGGGGCAAGCGAGCAGCGGUGGCCCUGGGGCCACUGGGGGGCUUGGUGGCCGCGUGUACCACAGCCAUGGUGAUGUUCCAGGAGUUGAGAUGCACGGUCGGGGACAUCAAAGCCAGCCUGGAGGGGACAAAGCAGCCGACCCCCAAUAUCCCCGAGGAUUUGGUGGCCAAGGUGACCCAGGCUGAGUGGCUGUGGGAGACCAGCCCCAGGCCGUUCACCCGUCACCUGAACGGGAUAGUUGAGGACAUCGAGAAGCUCCUUGCGAAUGGCAUCGAUGACCCUGAUGGCAAAAAGGUGGCCGAGAAGUGCCAAGAAGCCAUGGCGGAUAUCUCGAAGCUGCUGCAGGGACAGUGAUGUCACUGCCGUGACGUCAUCAGGGACAGUGACAUCACCGGGGGGACAUCCCCGGGCACUUGUCUCCUACCCAGGAACCCCAAAAUCCCAAGAAUUCCAUUGGAAAUUGCCAAAAAAGGGACCUGGGAAUCCCCAAAAUCCUGGGAAUUCCAUUGGAAAUCCCCCCAAAAUCCCAAGAAUUCCAUUGGAAAUCCCCGCAAAAUCCUGGGAAUUCCAUGGGAAAUUCCAAAAAAAGGGACCUGGGAAACCCCAAAAUUCU